AUGACUCGAAUCAAGAGGGGAAGGAUAACGACAAUAUUGGCAGUGCUCAUGGUGGUCAUGCCAAUCAGUUGGGCACAACAGCAGUUCUUUGUAAGCGACCCUUAGAAAAGACUUCAGAUCUCUGCACAAACAAUCAAAAAGGUCCGAAAAUUGUUUUGUUAUAGACGAGUUCUGUUCUACGGGGGGUUAUUUUGGUAGAAAAUGUAUUUUUAGACCUAUUACAUCAUUGGUUAUAGACUGGUUUUGUCGUACUUUAAAAAUAUACACCCGGCAAAAAGCGAUUCCCAUUUUUUCGAACGAUAAUUCAACGUGACGCAUGCUGUUACGGACUGAGCGAAAUUGGGGCGAAAUUAAAGCCCAGGCCCGGCGUGGGUGCAAAACUUAAAGAAAAUCUAACCCUCGCAUUUGGCGUACAGCUAGAUCUGAUCCAGCGGCAAAAAAACGUACCAUUUUGCAUCAGGGAAGUAUCAAAAAUGUUGCAAAAUACCUCCCUCUCCAAGUGAAAAAAAAUCCUAUUUCAAAAGCGCGCCCGGUCCUUUUGUGAGGGAAGCGCGCCCUUCAAAACAAAGUUUUUUCACUUGGAGAGGGAGGUAUUUUGCUACAUUUUUUUAUACUUCCCGGAUCCAAAAUGGUACGUUUUUUGCCACUGGAUCAGGCCCCUAGUGGCAAACUUUGUACUUCCCUCGUUAGUCCCAAAAAAAAAAUCAAUUGUAUAUCCUUUGUAUGACCUUUUCAAAAAAUUUAAUUUAAUUUUAAAAUUCAAAUCUGUACCUCUAGUUUUGUUUGCCAUCCCAUGGCCCACUUCCUUUCCAAGAACAUAAUACUACUAUUUCCAGCAGCCCAACCAACCUCGAGUCUUCCCCAGCAGGUCUGUUUGUCAUCUCCAACAACAAAAACUAAUUCUAACUCCGUAACCCCGUAGAGUUUGUAGUAAAUCUUCCAUAACUACUAACUAAAAUAGAUCCAUUAACCUUGUAGUGAAGAUAUCUGUUGAUAAACGAUUGUAUUCCCUAUGUUUUCCAACCAAAAACUUUAGAAAUUCUCGGCAACUCUCGACCACAGCGUCCAUCUCCACAAGAGCCCCCACGACCGUCAGACCAACGCUGACAACGCAUAGUGGGAGCACUGGCGCUCCAUCGACAACAAGGAUACCUCGGAUUCAGCCGAAUCCCCUAGCGGCCCUGAGGCUGAGCCAAUUCCGGCCGACUUUGCGAAGAGUCACCAUCAAGCCGGCGAACGAAUCGACGAGUCAAAUCAGGUGGAUUAAAGGCUUCCCCGCCUUGCACCACACUUGUUCCCCCAGCUCACAACUAGUCACACUACUAGUGCUAACCGCCUCACUAACAACUCAACGCUUUAACAUAAUAAUUCGCGAUAAUAAGUGGUCCUUUAACUGGAAACAAGAUUUUUAGCGCGUUCCGUCAGCCUCCUCGUCGGUUUGGGCUCGUGAAUCAAGGUCAAGUGGCACCUAGAGUUACCCUUGGACCUAGACUUCCCCCGCCACCUCCUACACAGCGUCCGCAACAGGUCCCGUUGCCGCAACGGCCCCCGCAACAAGUUCAAGUGCGGCCGUCGGGGCCCGUUCCAGGCCCUGUUUUGGCCGAUCCAAGGCUUACUCAGCAACCGCGACAGCAGCAAGCGAACGCGCCAGUCGGGCCAAGACGUCCUCAGGUUGCGCCGAGAACAAUGCCGCCGGCUGGGCAGCCGAGAGGACCUCCACAGCCUCCGCAGAUAAUUCAAGCCCAGACAGGGCAAAAUGGGCCAACUCAGAGAGGUAGGCGUUGAAUUUAGGGCUAAAUAAGGGGCUGGAAAUGCAGUUCAAUUGUUUAUCUUGAUAGGAAGAGAAAGGUUUGCCCUAAAACAGCUUGUUUACAGAAUUUAGGGAGAUUUUACCAUUUUCAAGUACGAAAUAUCUCCGUUUUUCGCAUUUUCUGAUGCCUCAAGGUAAAUCGGAGACCUUGCAAAUUAAAAACUGACUAGCAGAAGUCGCAGAAUUCCUAAAUCUGCUUCAAAAAAAAAGAGAUAUUACCUCCUCUGCGACCAUAUCUCAUACUUUUCCCUACUACAAUACCUAUGUCCCCUAAAAAACGUCCCAUUUUAGCCUCCCGACCUACUCCACCAACAGCCCGUCCCUUCGCGGCCUCUCAGCCUCCGCCAGCGUUCCGCUCCACGCAGCCGCCAACCCGGCCGGUCCAAGUCUCCCCCACCACACCCCUGACCAACUCCAUCACUCCACCUCCGCCUCAACUUGCUCCCGCUUCCCUACCGCCAUCGCGGCUGACUCCCCGACCUCGAAUGCCGCCGGGCGCUCAUCCUCCGGGCGUUGCGCCGCCUAGUAAUUCGGUGGUGGACGACUUGAAUCAAGCGGCCGAUUUCAUGGCACUGGCGGCGAGAUUGCAGCUGCGACGUUUCGCGAGACAACGACGACGUCGCUUUGCCAAGUUCCUGGAGAAGAGAAUUGUCACGGCCCUCAGGGAUUUGGCCAAAAAUUAG